AAACACAAUUUAGCCCUUUCAGUCAUCUUGACUUCUUCGCAUGCAUGCCAAUAAUUAAGAUAUCAGUCAAAUUAUACUUUGCUAAGCACAGUUUAAUUGGUAAUCUGUUUGAAUCAAUGUUAGUUCUUACCUUUACUUGACCCCUCUCCAUGGUCUAUGCUAGUUUCUGAUUUUGCUUUAGAUUGUUGCUGUUCUUGCAUGUUGGCUAAUCUAUGCCAAGGAUCUUUGCCUUGGCCGAGAGUCAGCAAUGAUAGUUUAGCUGAACCAUAUUCUAGCUACCAUCAAAACAAGUAUCCUGAUGUAGACAAUUCAAAGGGCUCUGCCAAAGUUCAACCGGCAUUGACUGCAGAUUUCGAGGACAUGAGCUUCGGGCCAUAUGUAGAAGUAGGAGGUCAGUUCAUGCCAUUAGAGAAUAUGGGGGUGGCUCCUUCCACCCAUGUUUCAGUCCUACAUAUCAAUACUCCUUAGUCUCACCCAUCAUACUGUUAUCACCAGAAUAAAGAAAAUGCAAAGGUGCUUGCCUUGUGUCUUAAGCUUAGCAGGAAAAUAUCUAAACUGUGGGCAGAUGGGUAUCAACCCAGCAGGGAAGCAUGGAAAAUUAUGCUCCA